CAUGCAGGUGCCGUAGCUUUUCUCUCUUCCCAACCACGAGAAGCAGACGGUCUGGCGGGGUCCUUCAACACUACACCUCCAUCGUCGCUCCCAGAUCAUUGUAAUUCAUUCGACGAAGCCGACGAUUAGAACCCGUGCGCUCACUUAUCUCCUGUCAAAAUGUCUUCUUCCUCAGGCACCCCGGAGUCUUGGAUCUCUUCCUUCUGCUCCCUCUUGGGCCACGAGUAUUUCGCAGAGGUCUCCGAAGAGUUCAUCGAGGAUGAUUUCAACUUAACUGGAUUGCAAACGCAAGUUGCCAUGUACAAGGAGGCAUUGGAGAUGAUACUCGAUGUCGAACCCGAAGACGAUGACGAAGAAGACGAGGAAGACGAGGAUGAGGAAGACGAAUCAAUCGAGGGCGUCGACCGUGUGCGACAUGGCGAACGACGUAACCAUAGCCGGAUAGCGAGCGACCUCUCCGUGAUUGAGUCAUCCGCGGAGAUGCUCUACGGUCUUAUUCACCAGCGCUUCAUCUGUUCACGGGCAGGGAUCCAACUAAUGUCGGAGAAGUAUGAGCUAGGUCAUUUCGGCGUCUGCCCUCGUAGUCAUUGCGAACUGUCCCGAACUCUCCCCGUUGGCCUCUCCGAUAUACCAGGCGAAGAGACGGUGAAGCUGUUCUGCCCUUCGUGCCUCGACGUCUACGUACCCCCUAACAGUCGAUUCCAGACCGUCGACGGUGCCUUUUUCGGCAGAACCUUCGGCGCUCUGUUUCUCCUUACCUUCCCCGAAUAUGACCUUACGAAACGAGGGGCCGAUGUGCUUGCGAACGCGCGCGUGAGUGAUGAUGAUAAGGAUAUGCUGAACGGCAUGUACACAUGCAACAUUGCACCCGGCUUAGGCAAAGGCAAGAUUUACGAGCCUCGGAUCUACGGUUUCCGCGUGUCGGAGGUUGCACGAUCAGGUCCGAGGAUGCAGUGGCUACGGGACAAACCAGAUGAUAUUACCGACUUAGACGAAGCACGGCGCUACGCGGAGGAUAACCCUGACAGCGAGGACGACGACGAAAGCAUGAAUCUUAAUGGACGGCCCGUGCGAAGACUACGGCCGCGGAGACGACAUGGCCAGGGAGGAAGCCCCAUGGCGUUGGAGACGAACGGUGCAGAGUCCGAACUCUAGGAAAAAGAAGUGUCUAUUAGCAGUGACCCGGUCGGCAGUGGUGGCGCUGCCGUCAACCCUACUUCAUAUGCUUCUGCACCUCAAAUCAGACUAAACAGCGGAUC